AGACAUUUUACAAUCUCGUAGUUGUCAUGAAUUGAAUAUUUUACGCGACAGAAAAAUCAUUAUACGCUGAAACGACGUCUCUUUAACUAGCGAUGUCCCCAUUAGACAUCGGCUACAGCCAGAUAGAUGAGGACUACACGCGCCACAAUAUCGCGUUGAGAGAAUACCAUGACGCAUCACUCAAGCGUAACGAGAGAACUAUGUAACAUAAAAAAAAGUGUGAGCGAACUAUAUUAAGUUAACUAUGAUUAAACUACAGUCGAGAUACUAACACGCUAAUCACCUAAGUAGAUCGGAUAGUGAGUUGAGGAACACUUUAAGAAACUCCCGGCAUUAAUAAAACGUCAUGGCACCAGAAAAUCCUGCGUCAUAAUAUCCUCUUCUAGUCGCGAAAUGUCUGGAAACAAAAAAAUAAGCCGUGCUGAUAGUACUAAAGAUAUAAUAACGCAAAUGCAUCUUUCAGUAAAAUAAAAGUAAAGAGGCGAGGCGUUGACGUAAAGAGGCGAGGCGUUGACGUAAAUUCCUUUCUCUCGAACUGAAAACCGAUAUUUAGACAGAUAGCUCAUGAACUCUCGAUGAAAAUAUGGCCAAUGAAGACAGUUGGGAUGGUUUUAAAUGUAGGCCCCUAAUUUAAAAUCGGUAAAUUUAAAGUUGAAAAAACCCCAGCUAUGGUCUUUGGAGGCGUCCCGCUUUGAGCACACAAAAACAUGGUAACCCUAUGUUUAAUCCAUGUGAACCGUUAUUAAGUUCUCUAAAAUAUGAAACUGGAAUGCGAAAUACAAACUACAGCCCGACGUAUAACAGAUAGUGUAGAGUGGAUUGUCUAUUGAAUUCAAUGUGGAUACAGGUAUACAACCAUCUGUUCGAUACCGCAAUUAUUUUUACGGUAUGAGGAAAUUAUUUAGAAUGCUUCGACAUACCGCUAAAACCUUCCGUUGUUGCCUUCGAUCUUUGUGAAUGUGUUAUGAAUUUCAUUGACCUAUCUUUCAUAUACUCAUGGGCAUGGCCCAUAAAUAUAUAAUAAUGCUAAUUAACCAGUGAAUUAAGAUAUACAGCAAUAUGUAUGUGACAAAGAGGCGCCAACAGAUGGUGUUGAUGUUGACACGAAACAAAAGGUAGCGGAGGGCACGAGGGAAACAGCUGAGAGGAUCGGAAUUCCGUAAUGCAAAAGCUUACAAAAUACAAAAAACUUACAGCAUAGAAAUUUUGAUGACAAAUUUUGCAGUUUACAGUGUAUGGAUGACGCCAUGAGAACUAGUGCAAGAGUAAAACGUGACAUGGAAUGCUACCUACCAACUCGAUAUGUAUUAAUGGGGAUGAUAUUUAUGGGGUGGUUCAAUAUUUUAUUACUAAGAACCAAUGUAAGCAUUGCCAUAGUUUCUAUGGUAAAUACGACAUCGUAUAGCGAGGUCAACACAACCGUAGAAUCAGAGUUGGCCUGUCCGAUUGAAAACGCGACAGAAGAAAGAGAGAAAUCGUCGCAAGGACCGUUUCAAUGGAACUCUGUUCAACAAGGUUUGGCUCUCGGAUGCUAUUAUUACGGUUAUGCAGUAUCGGGAGUUAUUGGACCUUGGGUUGCUAAGCGAGUCGGUUUCACAAUAGUAACAGGGAUAUCUGUUGGCUUGGCGUCUGUUUUAACAAUUAUGCUGCCAUUUGCCGCAUACAGAGCGUUCGAAUUGUUUAUAGUCUGCAGAGUUCUGAUAGGCUUUUUUCAGGGUGUCGUUAUUCCCACAACAGUUUCCAGUUUCACUGUAUGGAUUCCUCGAAACAAAAAAGAUCUCGUUUUUUCCAUUUUAAUGUGUGGAUAUUUUGUUGGUGCUUUUAUAACAUUACCAAUAUGCAGCCUUAUAUGCGAAUACUUGUCCUGGGAAGCUGUCUUCUACAUAACAGGCGGCUUUACCCUGUUGUGGACCUUAUUGUGGUUUCUGAUAAUAUAUGACAGCCCUAAGAGGCACCCAAGAAUUUCAAAGGAGGAAAAAGAGUAUUUACAAGAAAAUGUCACGGUUAUCGAUGUCUCGAAAAAUGUGACGCGUCGUGUUCCGUGGUUAGCUAUUUUGUCGUCACUACCCGUAUGGGCAGCAAUUAUUUCUCAUUUUGCAUACGACUGGAUGUUUGCUUCAGCUGGUCUUCUGUUGCCAACGUACAUGGCCACAAAAAUGAAGAUGGACAUGACAUCGGCCGGUGUAUGGUCUGGGUUUCCCUACCUUAUAAUGCUGUCCAUUAUAAUACCCGCAACACUGUUUUGUGAUAAAAUAAAGAACAGGGUGAUAAGCUUGACUAAAAUAAGAAAAAUAUACAUCAUGAUUGCGUUGUUAGGACCUUGUUGUUUCAGCGUACUCGCAUCGUAUGCAGGAUGUAACAAAACAUUGGGAAUAUUUUACUUUUUACUAUCAAUAACUCUUCUCGGUAUGCACGUUCCAGGAACAGAAGCAAAUUUUUUCGACUUAUCGCCGACUCACUGUGGAAUACUGUUCGGUAUAUCAGGAACAAUCAGCAUGUGUGCUGGGUUUUUGGCGCCACAAAUAGCGGGAUAUGUACUAUUCGAAAAUAACUCAAUUUCUGCAUGGCAAACUGUAUUUUGGAUUGGAGCCGGUGUCAAUGUUUUUGCAGCUUUAUUUUAUUUGGUAUUCGGAACAGCGGAAGAACUAAAUUGGUCAAAAAAAUUGAGAGACCAGAAUGAUUAUAAAAAUGAAUAUUAAUGGAGCAUGUACAGUUUUUA